UUAGGUUCAAUUUGUCUGUCGGAUGUAAAUAAUUGGUGCCUGUGGGAAGUUAACUUGGGCAAAAGCAAUCAUCUCGGAUGGACAUUAGUGAUCCGGAACUAGAAACGAAUAGACAUGAAAAAGUGGAUUGCUCUGCUAUUAGUGGCCUGCUGGCAGAUUGCCAUGUUGGACUCGGCUGGAGUGGAACGAAAUAUCGAGAAUGAUACAGCCGUUGUUACAGAGUUCGAUCGAUUGUUCAAUCAAUUGCAUUACGACAUCGACUACAAGCUCCGAGUUUAUCGGAUGCAGCAUUCGCUUCGACUGAAGAAUUUGAACGCACAGUUUAUCUCGCGAUACGCGUUCACCAUCACGGACAUUCAGGUCAUGAAGCAGCAUGCGAAAGACGAAAUCCUGGAGCACGCACUCGAUAUCGGAGACACGCAAAACCCGUGCAUUGUAGCGGCGAAUGACGAGGCACUUCGGCGGGCUACCCAAGCCGCUCGGGAUCUGAGUAUCGCUGCGGAGAAAGUGUACGGGGAUCUGGCGACGUUGUCGCGAACUCUGUUCUAUCCGGUGGUUUUCGAUUUUCAGGUGACUUCUAGCGAAUUUCAGGCGAUAGUGCUGGACUACCUGAGCCGUGCCAAUCCCGUUUUACGUUUGCAAGAAACGCUAGCCGAUUUGGCGUUUUUCUACAUGCAAAACUCGAACUUCGUCCAGACGGUUGAGCAAACACUUGAUCACGAAAUAGAAACAUUCCAGGGUUUGAUGAACGUUCUUCGUCAGAAUAUCUGGCAGGAGAUUGAUGAGAUUGGCCGGAGCUAUGUGUUCAACAUGGAGCAACUGAUCGAAGAGGCACUUCAGUGUGCGUAAAAAAGGGCGUUUUAUCAGUGGUAAUCUUGUACGCAGUUGGUAUAUCAAUAAACAAGUGGCUAUUUUUGCAUCACCUGA